AGACAAUUAAUAUAUACAUCAAUGGUGACACCAGUUACUAAGGAACAAGUGGUGGAAUUGGAUUCCAAAUAUCCAACAUAUAAGGAAUUAUUUGAAAUCCCUACUUUUAAGUCCUUGGGUAUUGAGGAUGAUUCAACUGAAUCUACUUAUCUAUGUGGUAAUUCAUUAGGAUUAAUGCCCAAAUCAAUUAGAAAGGCUUUGAAUGAUGAAUUAGAUGCAUGGGGAGCUCGUGCAGUAGAGUCUCAUUUUAAUCAUCCUGGUAUUGGAAAGACUUCUUGGGUGGAUAUAGAUUUACCAUUAGUUCCAUUAAUUGCUCCAGUAGUAGGAGCUAAAGAGAAUGAAGUUGCCGUAUUAGGAUCAUUAACUGCUAAUUUGAAUGCUUUAUUGAUUCAUUUUUAUAGACCUCAAGGUAAAAGAACUAAAAUUUUAUUUGAAAAGCAAGCAUUUCCUUCGGAUUAUUAUGCAUUUCUUAAUGUAGUCAAAUUAUUUGGUUAUGAUGAAUCUCAUUUAAUUCAAGUAUCGGUUAAAGAAGGUGAGACAUAUUUAAAAACUGAAGAUAUUUUGGCUACAUUUGAACAAUAUGAAUCGGAAAUUUGUUUAGUAUGCUUUCCUGGUAUUCAAUAUUAUACUGGACAGUUAUUUAAAAUUAAAGAAAUUACUCAACAUAUUAAGUCCAAAUCUUCUGAUAUUAAAGUAGGUUGGGAUUUAGCCCAUGCUGUUGGUAAUGUUCCAUUAUCAUUACAUGAUUGGAAUAUAGACUUUGCUGCUUGGUGUUCUUAUAAAUAUUUGAAUUCUGGUCCAGGAGCAAUUGCCGGUAUUUUUGUUCAUGAACAAUAUACUAUAAAUAAUUCUAAACAAGAUUUUAAACCCAGACUUGCCGGUUGGUGGGGGAAUAAUUCCACUGAUAGAUUUAAGAUGCUUGAAGAAUUUGAUCCUAUUAAUUCUGCCUUAAGUUAUAGACAAUCUAAUCCAUCAGUUAUUGAUGUAGUAUCAGUUAAAGCAUCAUUAGAGAUCUUUCAACAAGUAGGAGGUGUUAAUAAAUUACGUGAAAAGAGUAUAGAAUUAACACAAAUGUUACAAGAUAUUCUUACAGCAUCUAAAUUUUAUUUACCACAAUCAGAAACUGAUAAGAAUAAAUUUGGAUUUAAAAUCUUAACUCCAUUGAAUCCUCAAGAGAGAGGAGCUCAAUUAUCUAUAAAUUUCCAACCACAUUUUGAUGAUAAGGCAAAGAAUAUUAUGGAAAGAGUUAACCUGCUCUUACAUAAUCAUGCUAUUAUUUGUGAUGAAAGAAGACCUGAUGUUAUUCGUCUUGCCCCUGUACCAUUAUAUAAUACAUUUGCAGAAACAGCCGAUGCGGCUCAUAUAUUAUUAGAGGCAUUAGAAACAAUUUCUCAAUCUGUAUAGACUUUAAAAAUAUUAUAUAGUAAUAAUAUAAUAAUAUAUUAUUAUAAUGCAAGAGGG